AUGUGGCUGACCAUCCUCACCGGGCACUUACUUGCCCUGUUUGUUCUAUACCCUACGACUGUCCGCCCUUGUACCAAAAGGCAUGCAGGCGCCCAGUUCGUUGAGGGCGUGCUGGAAGACAGCGGCCUGAACAUGCCGCUGGUGUUGCUCAACGACGGGUAUGGGAGCGAAUCGUUCAAGCAGGUGGACGAGAUCCGCCGGUUCGUUGGCCGGUCGGAACGCGCCCGGUUAGACCCCCUUGCCUCUCCUCGAACGUUCGCCGAGCUCAGAUCUUUCGCGGCCAAGCUGGCCGAUCCGGCUUCUCGCCUGCGUACCUUGCGAGAGGAGGUCGAGCAGAUGGAGGCGUCGCUGUGGCACCGCAGCCUGUGGAUGGCAUGCCACGUGGUGCCACUGGCGUACAUUUCGGUGUCCUCGCCGGGGGCGGGGUGUAUAUGGACGGGGCCGUACGUCAAGCGGGAGCAGGAGGCCUGCGCCAGGCUGAGGAAGGAGCUCAACGAUAAGAAAGAGGAGAUCGAGCUCGACAUUGUCGACGAACAGGAGUUGUGCGCUGCCCAGGGUGUCUCGGCAUUCCUCGACUACAUGUGCGCCUAGCAAUGGCGUCUAUUGCAGCCACCGCGGAGUGUGCCGCGGUAGGCGUGAGUCUUGACUGCGGGUGCUCCUGGCUGCUGUUGAGCAUCUCCGCUCUCAGGUAUCAGUAGGUUGGACUGCCGACAGGGCAUGCUUAGUAGAAAGAACAGUUGAGGAACUGGACGUUCGGAUGCGUGUGCGAUGU